CAUGGAUAUGGAUGAUUAUGGUGGGGCUGACGACGAACUCUUCUUUGCUGAUCUGAAAAGAAGGAUUUUGUCGUUGAUGAUGGAUGACGACGAAGUAGACGGAUUUGAAGAAGGAAAAUCCCCGAAGAUGAUCGGAACCAACAACUCUCCAUUUCCUUUCCAUUCAAGAAGCUCCGUUGAUGGUUGGUGCAAGGAAAAGAACGAUUACGACUCUUAUUGCUCGGGUGUCAAUGUGCAUGGGUUUCCACUCUUUAUUACUGAAGACCCUAACAUGCUAAAUAUUUGGUCGUGUGGACUAUUAUUGCAAAAAGAGAGCAACGGGACCGGCGUUUUCAUCCCCCGUUUUCCGAAGCCAAGAAGAAAACCGAAAGCCGGGAGAAACAACCAUGGAAACAUAGGCUUGAAAGGAAGCAUGGACAAGUAGAAAACUCUGUACAAAAAACACAUACAAAGAAACUCAAACCUACCCAUAUUUCAUUUUCUUCUGUAAAUGUAAAUGUUACUCAUUAUUCUUAUUACAAAAAUAUGAAUAAAGUGUUAUCCUUAAUUAGA